ACUCCUGCCAGGGGAGAAAACAUGUAAGUGCGCCUCCAGAGGAGGGGCACGGAGAGCUGGGAGUGGCGGGGGCGGCAGAAGGUGAGCCUAGGAAGGUGGCCCAGCGCCCCUACUGCCCGGGCCCCUCCCCGUGCUCCCUUAGGGUGUCAGCCUCGGCUCCGCUUGCCCCCACUCCACCCUCCUUUCGAAGGGAUUGCCUUUUUUUUUUUUCCUCUGCGGCGGCGGAAAUGACAGUGUGGUGCUGCGGUGGUGUCAUGGUGCUGCCUCUGGACUGAGAGGCGAAAACUCUUUAAGUUUAGCCCGGGAGACCUAGACGCGGGAACGUCGCGGUCUCCGUGCCGUCCCCCCGUGGGGCGCGCGGGCUGGCGGAUCCCGGCUGCUGCGCGGCGGCGGCCGCAGCGGCGAAGGCGGGCGGCGGCCUAGAGUGGUGGUGGCGGCGGCGGCGGCAGCGACAGCGGCCCGGGAGCUUGCACGGGAGCCCGAGCCAGCUUGCUGCGGAGGCCGGCGAGCGCCCGGCGCUCUCGGGCGCGCGUAGGAGAUGGCUGGCACCCGGGAACAAUAUGGGUGAGAGCCCAGCUUCUGCGGUUCUUAAUGCCUCAGCAGGAUUAUUUUCACUAAAGAUGGAAACACUGGAGUCUGAAUUGACCUGUCCAAUCUGCCUCGAGUUGUUUGAAGACCCCCUUCUGCUGCCUUGUGCUCACAGCCUGUGUUUUAGCUGUGCCCACCGCAUCUUGGUCUCAAGCUGCAGUUCUGGCGAACCUAUUGAACCCAUUACUGCUUUUCAGUGUCCUACAUGCAGGUAUGUUAUCUCGCUGAAUCACCGGGGCCUGGAUGGCCUCAAGAGGAAUGUGACCCUGCAGAACAUUAUUGAUCGAUUCCAGAAGGCUUCAGUCAGUGGGCCCAAUUCUCCAAGUGAGAGCCGACGAGAGAGGACUUACAGGCCUAGCUCCGCCAUGUCGAGUGAGCGAAUUGCAUGCCAAUUCUGUGAGCAGGACCCUCCAAGAGAUGCUGUAAAAACGUGCAUCACCUGUGAGGUCUCCUACUGUGACCGUUGCCUUCGGGCCACACACCCCAACAAGAAACCUUUCACCAGCCAUCGCCUGGUGGAACCAGUUUCAGACACACAUCUUCGAGGGAUUACCUGCCUGGACCACGAGAAUGAGAAGGUGAACAUGUACUGUGUAUCUGAUGACCAAUUGAUCUGUGCCUUAUGCAAACUGGUGGGUCGUCACCGAGACCAUCAGGUCGCUUCUCUGAAUGAUCGGUUUGAGAAACUAAAGCAAACUCUCGAGAUGAACCUCACCAACCUGGUUAAGCGCAACAGUGAACUAGAAAAUCAAAUGGCCAAACUAAUACAGAUCUGCCAGCAAGUUGAGGUGAAUACUGCUAUGCAUGAGGCAAAACUUAUGGAAGAGUGUGACGAGUUGGUGGAGAUCAUCCAGCAGAGGAAACAAAUGAUUGCUGUCAAAAUCAAAGAGACAAAGGUUAUGAAACUGAGAAAGUUGGCACAGCAGGUUGCUAAUUGCCGCCAGUGUCUUGAGCGGUCAACAGUCCUCAUCAACCAAGCUGAGCAUAUCCUCAAGGAAAAUGACCAAGCACGCUUUCUGCAGUCUGCAAAAAAUAUUGCCGAGAGGGUCGCUAUGGCAACUGCAUCUUCCCAAGUUCUGAUUCCAGACAUCAAUUUUAAUGACGCUUUUGAAAACUUUGCUUUAGAUUUUUCUAGAGAAAAGAAACUAUUGGAGGGGCUAGACUAUUUAACAGCUCCAAACCCACCAUCUAUCCGAGAAGAACUCUGUACUGCUUCCCAUGACACCAUUACAGUCCACUGGAUCUCAGAUGACGAGUUCAGCAUCAGCUCCUAUGAGCUUCAGUACACCAUAUUCACUGGCCAGGCUAACUUCAUCAGCCUAUACAAUUCAGUGGAUAGUUGGAUGAUUGUGCCCAACAUUAAGCAGAACCAUUACACAGUUCAUGGGCUCCAGAGUGGGACACGCUACAUCUUUAUUGUGAAAGCCAUAAAUCAAGCAGGCAGCCGGAACAGUGAACCCACCAGACUAAAAACAAACAGCCAACCAUUUAAACUAGAUCCCAAAAUGACUCACAAGAAGUUGAAGAUCUCCAAUGAUGGAUUGCAGAUGGAGAAGGAUGAGAGUUCCCUGAAGAAGAGCCACACUCCGGAGAGAUUUAGUGGCACAGGGUGUUAUGGAGCAGCAGGAAAUAUAUUUAUUGACAGUGGCUGCCACUACUGGGAGGUGGUCAUGGGUUCUUCAACAUGGUAUGCGAUUGGCAUCGCCUACAAAUCAGCUCCAAAGAAUGAGUGGAUUGGCAAGAAUGCCUCUUCCUGGGUCUUCUCUCGAUGCAACAGUAACUUCGUGGUGCGGCAUAACAACAAGGAAAUGCUGGUGGAUGUGCCCCCACAGUUGAAGCGUCUAGGCGUCCUCCUGGAUUAUGACAACAACAUGCUGUCUUUCUAUGACCCAGCUAACUCUCUGCAUCUUCAUACUUUUGAUGUUACCUUCAUUCUUCCAGUUUGUCCAACAUUCACAAUCUGGAACAAAUCCCUAAUGAUCCUGUCUGGCUUGCCUGCCCCCGAUUUUAUUGAUUAUCCUGAGCGUCAGGAAUGCAACUGCAGGCCUCAGGAAUCCCCUUAUGUGUCGGGGAUGAAAGCUUGCCAUUAAGUGUCAAGAGAGCAUGUAAGUCACAGGCUCUCUGGUUCAGCACUUCUUCCCCUCUUAAGACUCCAUUAGGGCUCCAUGUAUGAGAUACAAACUAAAGUUCAUUGGAAGCACCCGAAAUAA